CUCCUCUCCGUGGAGCUGGUCCUCUGACUGACUUUUCACAGUCCGAUGCCCCGACAGGACUCAGCGGUCAUGGCCGGCAGUCUGACCCACCAAGGCUCCCCGAACCCCGGCUACAGCUCCAACAACGCUGUCCCCGUGCCGGUCAUCACACAGACGGACUCCAGGGACAAAUGGAGCAAAAAGAUGGAUUUUCUCUUGUCUGUCAUUGGGUUUGCGGUGGACUUGGGAAAUGUUUGGAGGUUUCCGUACAUAUGUUAUCAAAACGGUGGAGGUGCUUUCCUUAUUCCCUACAUUUUGAUGGCCAUCUUUGGCGGUGUGCCGCUCUUUUACAUGGAGCUGGCACUGGGACAGUUCCACAGAACCGGUGCCAUAUCUAUAUGGAAACACAUCUGUCCCAUUUUCAAAGGUAUAGGAUAUGCCAUUUGUAUCAUCGCUCUGUAUGUGUCCUUCUACUACAACACCAUCAUCGCCUGGGCCCUCUUCUACUUCUACUCCUCUUUCACCAGCAUCCUGCCUUGGACAAACUGUGAAAAUGUGUGGAAUACCCCCGACUGCACUAAUUAUUUUGACGCAAACAACGUCACCUGGACGAAUUCCUCCAGGUCUCCGGCAGAGGAAUUUUACACGAGGAAUGUUCUUGAGAUCCACAAGUCAUCAGGGCUGAGAAACGUCGGGGGUGUUCGCUGGCAGUUGAUGCUCUGCCUUUUUCUCAUCUUCACUAUAGUAUACUUCAGUCUGUGGAAGGGAGUGAAGACAUCAGGGAAGGUAGUGUGGGUCACCGCCACCUUACCCUACAUUGUGCUUUUCAUCCUCCUAAUUCGAGGCGCCACCCUGCCAGGAGCCUGGAGAGGUGUGGUAUUUUACCUAAAACCGCAGUGGGAGAAGCUGCUGGAGACCAGUGUGUGGGUGGAUGCUGCAGCUCAGAUUUUCUUCUCUCUGGGGCCGGGGUUCGGGGUCCUCCUGGCUCUCUCCAGCUACAACCCUUUUACAAAUAACUGCUAUCGUGACGCCAUUGUGACAAGUUUGGUGAAUUGUCUGACCAGCUUUGUGUCGGGUUUCGUCAUCUUCACGGUGCUGGGCUACAUGGCAGAGAUGAGGCAGGUGGAGGUUGAGGAUGUAGCCAGGGAUAAAGGGCCAAGUUUACUCUUCAUCACGUACCCAGAGGCCAUUGCAAACAUGCCGGGCUCGAUCUUUUUUGCAAUCAUCUUUUUCGUGAUGAUGAUCACGCUGGGGCUGGAUAGCACUUUUGGUGGGCUGGAGGCGAUCAUCACUGCUGUGUUGGAUGAAUACCCAGAUCAUUUCUCUCACAGACGUGAACUUUUUGUUCUGUGCUUGGUAGUUGUCUGCUUUUUGGGCUCUCUAAGCACCCUUACAAAUGGUGGUGCCUAUGUGGUGAAGCUGCUGGAGGAAUUUGGAGUUGGAUGCUCCAUUAUUGCUGUGGGUUUCCUUGAGGCCAUUGCAGUUUCUUGGUUCUAUGGCAUCAAAAGAUUUAGCAGCGACGUUCAGUCCAUGUUGGGAAAAGCUCCAGGUUUGUUCUGGAAGGUGUGCUGGGUCGCCAUCAGUCCAGCAUUUCUGGCGUAUAUCAUCGUGAGCUCCCUGCUGAAAGCGCCACCCCUCACGCUGUUUGAUUAUAAGUACCCAGACUGGAGCAUCACAGUGGGAUAUAUCAUUGGCUUCUCAUCCUUCAUGUGGAUCCCCAUCUACAUGGUCUACAAGCUGGUGUGGACCCCUGGAUCUCUCAAACAGAGGUUGGCAGUGUGUCUGAGACCAGAGAGGACCAUACCAGACAUCCACGCUGACACGCUCAACAUGGCCUCUGUGCCAUAGAGAGAAUAACACACCAGUAGAUUGCCAUUCAAACCACUGUUUUACAUGAUCUGACAUUGUGACUGUUCCCUGCUCAUGAUGUGGAUCAUGCCAACUUUCACAGCACAUGCACACUCUACUAAAUAGUAAAUGCUGCUAAAUUUGUAAUUCUACGAGGAACUGAGAUAGCAAUACUCAUAUCUCAGCUGUAUGGUAUGUAUGAUUCAGAUUUACCUGCAGUACUUCACCAGGACAGUUUAUAGCUUUCACAUGUUGCCAUUUGUGUUUGUAGGAGUCAGUAGUAAACUCAAUGGACGGUCUCCUCCCUUAAUCAGCUGUAUUUAUCUCACAAGAACAUGAUGCCAAGGAAAAUCUAAACAUGUAUUUCUAUAUGUAACACUCAGCACAUCAUUUCCAUUGCAUGGGGCCUUUUUCUAUUAAGUUCUAUAUUUUCUGUACGUUGUGAAAGAUUAAUGAAAUCAGCUCUGCAUGCUCGGCAAAACACCGCUGUUUCACUUGAAGCAACAGUGUGGUUGACACAGGUUUUUACAACUAAUCAUUGGAGUAGCGUUUCGCAUUCAAUUACAUGUAAUAAAAAAAAAAAAAACUUUGUUCAGUUGGUCGUUUAUCCAUUCAGUCACCAACAUACUGUGGAGCAUGUCUGCUUAAGUUUUUCAUGUCAAAUUUGUCAGCACCUCUCAGCCGACGAGGAGAGAGAUUAAAUGGGACCAAACCUAAAUCACAUUAAAUUACAGCCCAUACUUUAUUUUCUUUUUCAAUGCUGUAUUUUAUAUUUAUACAGUAGAUCUGUAAUACAGUGCUUGUAUAGGAUUUCAUGCCAGCUGCUGGAAUAUCUGCUAAAAAAUGUUGUUUUUCCCUACAAGUGUUUGAAACGGAGGUGAGUGAGGCACUCAGACAAAGACCACGUUAAAAUAAUAAUCUUCCAAUUAUAAUUAGAGAGUAUACUUCACAUAGAAAGUAGGAGCUUUGAUAUAUUAAGAAGCUAUUUUAACUAUGUGCAACUGUUUGUGUAUUACUGUAGUUUUUCAAAUUCAAAAUGAACUUUUUGGUCUUCAUCUGAUGGCUUCAUUUAACUCCAGAUAGACUGUUUUGCCUUAAUUUGCCUAAUUAUUACACUGUAUGUACAAAAUUGUAAAGGUUGUAUUGCUAUUUAUUGAUAUUGUGCCUCUCCAGACAAUGUUUUCACUCUUUAAUUGAAGACUGUUCAAAUGUUCUUGCAGAUAUACAGUAUAAAAUGUCUUAGUCACAUGUGUUAAUUUAUCUAAAAAGCGCUUUAUACUUUGUUUAUAUUCUGAGAAUAAUGUGGUGUGCAAGGUGAUGAUUGUUGUUUGAUUUCAGUCCUCUUCAACAUGGUUUCUGUAGUAAGAUGUGUAUAAAUUAAUAACAGUAUAAAUUACA